GUUCCAAAAGAGAAAGAUGAAAUGGUGGAGCAAGAAUUUAAUCGUCUGCUGGAAGCCACCUCCUAUCUCAGUCAUCAGCUGGAUUUUAAUGUUCUCAAUAAUAAGCCUGUCUCCCUAGGUCAGGCUCUGGAGGUUGUCAUACAAUUGCAGGAGAAGCAUGUGAAGGAUGAGCAGAUUGAACACUGGAAAAAAAUUGUGAAAACACAGGAGGAAUUGAAAGAUCUUCUUAACAAGAUGGUGAAUUUAAAAGAGAAGAUUAAAGAACUUCAUCAACAGUAUAAGGAAGCAUCAGAAGUGAAGCCACCUCGGGAUAUUACAGCAGAGUUCCUUGUGAAAAGCAAACAUAGAGAUCUAACUGCACUUUGCAAGGAGUAUGAUGAAUUGGCAGAAACACAAGGAAAGCUGGAAGAGAAGUUACAAGAACUUGAAGCCAAUCCACCAAGUGAUGUUUAUCUGUCAUCAAGAGACAGGCAAAUACUUGACUGGCAUUUUGCAAACCUGGAAUUUGCUAAUGCUACACCCCUAUCUACGCUUUCACUAAAGCACUGGGACCAGGAUGAUGACUUUGAAUUCACAGGCAGUCACUUGACUGUGAGGAAUGGAUAUUCCUGUGUGCCUGUAGCCUUGGCAGAAGGGUUGGAUAUUAAAUUAAACACAGCAGUUCGACAGGUUCGCUAUACAGCAUCAGGCUGUGAAGUGAUAGCUGUAAAUACCCGAUCUACUAGCCAGACUUUCAUUUACAAAUGUGAUGCUGUGCUGUGUACUCUUCCUUUGGGAGUGUUGAAACAGCAGCCUCCAGCAGUACAGUUUGUGCCGCCUCUUCCUGAGUGGAAAACUUCUGCAGUGCAGCGUAUGGGUUUUGGCAACCUUAACAAGGUUGUGUUGUGUUUUGAUCGUGUCUUCUGGGACCCAAGUGUCAAUUUGUUCGGUCAUGUUGGUAGCACUACUGCAAGCAGAGGAGAACUUUUCCUGUUUUGGAACCUGUACAAAGCACCAAUUUUGUUGGCCUUGGUAGCAGGAGAAGCAGCAGGGAUCAUGGAAAAUAUCAGUGAUGAUGUCAUUGUUGGACGGUGCCUUGCCAUCCUCAAAGGCAUAUUUGGUAGCAGUGCUGUGCCACAGCCUAAAGAAACUGUGGUGUCCCGCUGGCGUGCUGACCCAUGGGCCCGGGGAUCGUACUCCUAUGUAGCAGCUGGAUCUUCUGGAAACGACUAUGAUUUGAUGGCUCAGCCAAUUACUCCAGGGCCAGCCAUUCCAGGUGCUCCUCAGCCUAUUCCUCGCCUGUUUUUUGCAGGAGAACAUACAAUUCGCAACUACCCUGCAACUGUUCAUGGUGCUUUACUGAGUGGACUGAGAGAAGCCGGUCGCAUUGCAGACCAAUUUCUUGGGGCCAUGUAUACUUUGCCUCGCCAGCCUACACCUGGGGUCCCCCCACAACAAGCUACCGGCAUGUAAGAAAAGAAGGUAUCAGAAGAGGAGUGACAAGGCCACAGAGCUGCUGCUGUUGACUCUUUGGGAUGAAGAUAUUCACGUCAUCUGUAACAGUAUCUGCUGAAAGGACU